GAAUUUCCGACUAUAAGUAAAUUAUCUACAACCUGGCGAUUCAGUACAAUCUCUUCACCUGAAAGACCAACCAUUCUAAUGUAGUUCUCGUCAUUGCUCGAAAACGGAACUGUGACAAGACUAGAGAGAUUCUUCAGCAGAAUGAGGCGUUCUCCUUGAAGCCAGACUUUUCAAAUUUGACCUUUUGGAGGGAGGCUGGUCGAUAUAUGUUGACUCAUUUACGUGAGUCAACAUUUCGUACCACCGAAAGAAGAAAUGUCUGACAUUUAUAACCAGGAGCGAACAAAUCCUACCUUUCAAAAAAGUCCUCAUGUCUCGCUUACGAUCCGCCCAAGACUGGUCUUGGGCCUUCUUUAUCCCGGUACGCGUUUCAACGACAUUUCAGUUUCAUGACGACAUGAAACUGAGUUCUGCAUGGCCUUUAAAAGUCAAGUUCAGCUCGAGAAAGGACGACCCAACGGAUACGUCGCCGUGAUUAAGCUGGAAGGUCUCGAUGCUUUGGACAGGCGAAUUUGCAAAUCAGCUGUUCUUCUUCCUGUUUCCAUUCUCUAUCGACCAUUUACGGGAUCAAAGAAAACGGGUUUAUCUGAAACUGAAGAGUCGUUAUCGGGAGCUCCAAAACCAUGUCUCAAAUAUCCACUUUUGAAGCUGCUGAUCUACAGCAGUUCAAGCUUUCUUCAACAACUUUCUCUUCAUGUUGACUCCAUGAAAUCUCUCAAGUGAUCUAUUGACAUGUGGCGUUGAGAUAAGGUAACUUCACCUCCUUAUCCAUAUUGAUUCUCUGAAUGAUUUACUGAAUGGAAAAAUCUGGCACGAGUUUGUUUCAUCGUAUCACAUCGACCCGCUUACGACCGUAAUUGAAUCAUGCAUCUUUCCCCCUUUGGACGUUAGCUUAAGUGUUUAAUGGAGCCGACACUGAGUAUUCCUAAAAUCACAUGGGAGGAUAUGGCAACGAGAGGGCUGCUUACGAUCGACAGGGUUGAUAAUAUCCUUCUGAUGGCUAUUUUAGAUCAUAGUCAAGUUGCUCAUCAUUAACACUAGGGAUCUGCAUUUCUCAGAAUGUGAUAUUCUGUCUAUUGACCAGUGCUAAAAUAUUCCUCAAACAGUGAAAUACUCACAUGGGAUUCAUGGGCUUGUAAUUUUGGAUCAGAUCUGAGAGUUUGAAAAUGGACUUCUCGAAACUCCUUCAAUGUUACGGCAGUGGAGAAGGACCCACGGAACCCAUGCACCUUUAGAUAUGUUAUGGUCAUACUUUGAUUUCUGCCUGACGCAGAUUGACUGGAAUAAUGGCUGACAAUAUAAUAAAAGACUAGACUGGUUGCUACAAUAGCAUGUAUAGUUCUCAAAAGUUCCGCCUUUUGAUUUUCUUUUCGUGUCCAGGAAUUAUGGUAAAAGUGUUGGAAGUGCGACAUGGAAUGAAGAUUUUAUACAAAUAAAUCGAGACUUGGAACGAACCAUGGUAUAGAUUUAUUUGACAAUCGGCAGGACCCCCACCUGCCUUAUAGCUUUUCAGCCUCCCACAGCGUCCGAGGUGUGACAGCUCCUAAUUUGCUUUAAAGUGGAAAUCUUUGACCAAACUCCCGGACCUCAAAUUCUCCUGCAGUUUUUUCUGACUCCUCACACACGCUCCAAGCUUCACCUUGCGCUUGGUUUUAGAAUUUCCAACAUGGCUGCAACCACAGCUUUUGCAGGAAUUUCGGGUUUGCAAACUUUACAGAUUCUUCGUCAUAAAGAUUGUCGAGACCUCUGCGAUGCUCGCUUGCUCAAUGGAUGGCUUGUGGGUGCAACUACCACCUUGAAGAGUCCAGUGAUUGAGAUUAAAAAGCAGCUGGAAAACGGACAGUUGGGUCGCUGCGACCACCUAACGAUCAAAACUGAGAGAAAAUCCCCGUGGACGGAUGAGAUUCUUAGAGCACGAAAUGCGAAUAUCAGAACUCGAAUGACGGCAACUCGAUUGGCAUGAGUUGCACGCGUUUGCAACAGGAGGCAGGCGACAGGAUCCAGUGUGCUUGUUUACAAGCAAAGUGGAACAAGAAUUGCACUUUUACGACUGCUUGCUUCCCUUUGCUUUUACAAAUUCUUAUCCAGAGUCCAUUGGAGGCUGAGUUGAUGCACCAUAUACGCCAGAGUAACAUAUCUCAUUGACCAAUCCCACAUACCACGUGCCAGUCCAACCAUCCUGAAACCGUGUUCCUCAAAAAAUUAAAUCAUUAAUAUUAAAAUCCUGAACCGAGGAGUAUAUUGAUAUUGGACCCAAAUAAAACAAGCUGAUGGAUACGAUC